GGCUGGGAAGCUUGCUCCUCUCUGCUCUCUGGGAACAGCUCCAACCUGCUGAAAUUAACUCCGAGAAAGCCAGGGCAACAUUUCAACCCUGGAGACCGGGGUAUCACCCCUCCACCUAGUUUUCUUCUUAUGCCUUUCCCGACGCCUUGCCCUGAGAUGGUGCUGAAACAUAGUUGUUGGAACCUGUGGGUUGCUUGCCUUGGGAUAAUUUGUUUCCAAGGUUGGGUGGAGUCAUUAGAAGUUACUAUGAGUAGCAAGAGUGUGCAGGUUGCCCGAGGUGAAACAGCCGAACUGCCAUGUACAUUCAUUACAAACGCUGCUCUAAAUCAACUGAACAUCAUCUGGACUGUGACACCUCUCUCAAAUGCCAAUCAGCCAGAACAGGUAAUUUUGUACCAGGGCGGCCAGGUAAUUAGUGGAGCCACCCAGUUUAAUUCCCGUGUCGGAUUUGUUGUCACUAUGCCAAGCACAAGUGCCUCCAUCUUCAUUAAUAAUACACAACUGUCAGACACAGGGACAUACCAAUGCUUGGUGAACAAUCUGCCUGACAGAGGAGAGAGGAACAUAGGCAUUCUUGGAUUGUCUGUACUAGUGCCACCCACUAUCCCAUCAUGUAGACUUCAAGGAGUUGUUGAUGCUGGAAAUGAUGUUACGCUCACUUGUAGUUCAAAAGAAGCUAUCCCCAUCCCAGCGUAUUCCUGGGAAAAACUGGAUUCAUUUGAUAAACUACCACCAAUGUCAGUACAGGAUCCAAUGCAGGGGACAUUGAUUCUCCGGAAUAUCAGCACUGCUACAAAUGGAUUGUAUCAGUGUACAGCUUCUAACACAAUUGGAUCUAGUACCUGUGCCAUUGACCUACAGGUUGUUCCUCCACAACUCCAGAAUGUUGGAAUAGUAAUUGGAGCUGUGGUGACAGGUAUCCUGGCUCUCCUCCUCUGCAUCUUUUCUAUUGUUGUCAUUAUGUUUUACUGGAAGAACAAAAACAAGUAUGAAGAGGAGGAAAUUCCCAAUGAGAUCAGGGAAGAUGACAUCCCACCAUCAUCAUCAUCCACCAAAGGUUUCCAUCCAGCUGGCUCCUCGGAUAAUGUUACUCUCACAUCAGUAAACACAUACAAUGCCCCCUACUGGCAAAACAAGAAGCCCGCCUACGAGUUAAAUCCAUUCAGUCGGUAUAAUGGACACACGCUCCACUCAAUUACAACAACGUCUAGUCAAUCACAGAACCGACCAGUGUAUACAAAUGGAAACCACCACACCACACCAAAGGCAAUAGUGGUUGCUUCAAGUUUAUCUCCAUCUUCACAAAACCUAGCAAGGUGCAAUGGCUCACUUGUUCGUAAGACACCUUCACAGCUUACACUCUCCUAUGCUGUUAGCCAUGCAAACCUUCAACGAAUGGGUGGCAUACCAGUCAUGGUACCAGCACAGAACAGGGCAGGAUCUCUUGUAUAGAUACCAUUUAAUUGUUGACUGAAGACUAUUUGUAUGACCUAAAUUUCAGUUGCAGAUUGAUAUUUUCUCAUGUUUAAAAAAAAAAUUUUCUCCCCUGAUCUCUGAUCUAUGGGAGGAAUUGUAUAAAAGC